AUGCGAAGCAUGCCUGCGCGCUCGCACUCCGCUGUGCUAUGGCGAGGUCUCCGGUAUCUGUGGUUCCAUUUCCUUUUCUUGGCUCUUGUUUACUGGCGGAUCCCUCCUGAAACUUGCGGUCCUGGGAAGCAGGGGCCACUGCGGCUGCUGCGCCAACAGGCGGGGCUGGAGCUUCGGACGAAGAUCAACAAUCCGAACAUGAGCUUCAGUGCAGAGGCCAGGCGCCUCAUCCCGCAGAUCGCGAACGCCCGGGAGCGGGGAGACUGGCGGAAGGUGGGGAACCUCUUUGAGAGCUAUACCGGCACGGAGCUUCCUGUCUUUCAUGCGGUGCUCCACGCUGCCUACAGCUGCGGCCAAUACCGGGCCGGUGCGAAAAUCUAUGGGAAGAUCUGCGAUUUGAACAUAACCCAGGACGCAGCUUCCUUUGCAACUGCCAUGAAAGUCUUCGCGAAGCUGCGGCAGCCGUCGCGUGUUCGCGAGAUCUGGUCCGAGGCCCGGCUGUCCUGCGACCUCGGCGAGUUGCUCGCGGCCGCUCGUAUCGAUGCAGCUGCAGCCGAGGGGGACAUCGAAACGGCGGCGGGGAUCCUCGAUGAGAUGAACCGCACCGGAGUGUCCAUCAACAUAGCGCACGUCACCUCCGCCAUCCGAGCCUGCUGGGAGUCGAACCGCUCGAGCCACCAUGCUGCGGGCUUUCUCUUCAACUGGGCUCUGGAGAUGGACCUGCAGCCAAACGUUGUCACCUUCACCUGUUUGAUGGGAGCCUUUGCCCGGGCUCCCCUUGCCAAGGUGCUGCAGGCCCACGAGACGAUGAGAAAGCUGGAGGUGAAAGCAAACAAGGCCUUCGCAGAAGUCUACCUCAACACGCUGCUGCAAAUUACCAAGGAGGAGUGGCAGGGCCUCAACUCGAUUCAGGACAUCCAGUGGGACCAGUUCAUGUUCUUCGAUACGCGCGAAGAGAUGGAGGACUUCGCGCGCCGCCAGCCGGAUGAGGUGCUGAUGGCCAUUGAGUUCCGGUCCGCUGACGGCAACGGCAACUUCCCGGCAGAUCGCAUGGAUGCCGAGUUCUCGAUCAGGGUCAAUGCCCAGCUUCUACCGUCGACGUCCCGACUCAUCAGGUUCACGCGAGCGGGCUUCGUCCGCGCGGGCAGCUUCUACAGCUACCCCUACAUCGACCUCGGCUUCACGAUGCUCCAGGAGGUGGAGAGAAUUGGUCGAGCCCUGCUGCAAUGGUUCGCCAAGGAGCAUCACGUUGCCGGUUGUGGGACCGCCAAGGGAGAGUUGGAAGAGCUGAGGCGGAGCCUUCCCGACGCUCUGCUCGGGCAGGUCAACGUCUGCCAGGAAGACGCCGUGCGCCACUGGCUCGGCAGCAUCGGCGAGAAAUGGGGGCGUAUCGACCUCCUCGUGGCCAGCGCCGGCUCGAUGCCGAGCCUGGGUAGCGUUUGGGAGACGCCUGCAGAUGAGUGGCAACGAGCUUGUGACAUCAACAUACUCGGCACCGCCCGCGUGGUGCGCCACGCUGUGCCGCUACUUAAGCCGGGAGGCCUUGUCGUCCUCAUCUCCUCGCGCUAUGGUCGCUCUGUGGUGGCUGGCAAAGGCUGCUACAGCGCGACGAAGUGGGCCCUUGAGGCCAUCGCCAAGACUCUGGCCCUCGAGCUGAUGCCGUCGCAGGUCGCCGCCGUAUCUUUGGACCCGGGCGUCGUGAACACCGACAUGCUCAACCAGAGCUCCGCCACAGAGGAGGAGGCCGCUUGGUGUCGGCAGCAGCGCAGUCCCGAGGACUUCGCGGAGGCGGUUGGGCCGUUCAUGCUGUCGCUGGGCCUCGAGGAUACCGGCAGGAACCUUGUGGCACCGGGAUGCCCCGAAAGCUACUACCAGACGGGCGUGGCCUACAAGGACCGACCCGCUUGGGCUAACGGCUUUGGGCCCUUUCGUCCAGCUCACGAGGAUGAUCCUGAGCCCCCGAGGAAGAAGCCCCGGACAUCGGAGCGGCGGCCCAGGAAGUAUUUCAUCUCGGGGGUGAUGCUCGCGAGCAAAAAGAAGCUCAAGGAAGGUGAGGGCCUCGUCUCGCAGAACUACCGCCAGCAGAUCGCCGAUGCCCUGACGAAGGCCGAUCCAGCGGCGGUCAUCGUGGACCCCUUAGAGGCGGUGCAGGCGCGAGCCGCCAGGAGCGGAGCCACCCUGGUUGACUGGAACAAGGACGACGCCGCUGUGAAGGGCGCCUUCAACGACGUCGUCGACAUGGUGCGUGAGUGUGAUGUCAUCGUCAGCAACCUCCCCGAGGCCUCCAUGGGCAGCGCCGUGGAACUCUGGGAGGCACGCCGUGCUGGGCUGAAGAUCCUUACGAUCUCGCCGAUGGCGGACAACUGGAUGCUUCGGUCCGUCACGGAUCACAACUUCACGUCGAUCGCAGACUUCGAAAUGAACCUGGCGGAGCACAUCCCCUCUGAAGCCUAA